AUGCUCCGCGCUUGCGUGCGGAACACACAUUUCAAUAAAACAGGACGUUUUGCAACAUCGCUGCGACUUUCACCGCCGCCUUCCUUUCGUCGGCGCCGAUCUGUUGCAGCCCAUUCGUUUUCAGCUGCGGCUGACGGUAGCCGCUUGAACAGCAAGAUGGCGCAAGGAGCCGCGGCUACCGCCACUUUCCUGCCAGUGGAUGAGAAGGUCGACUUCCCCAAGGAGGAGGAAGCGAUACUUCGCCACUGGAAGGAGAUGGACGUCUUUCACACGGCCAACAAGCUUGCCAGCGGACGUCCCAAGUUCACAUUCUACGACGGCCCGCCGUUCGCCACGGGUCUGCCGCACUACGGUCACAUUCUCGCCGGUACCAUAAAGGAUGUGGUGACGCGCUAUGCGUACCAGACUGGCCAUGAUGUUGAGCGCCGAUUCGGCUGGGACUGCCACGGGCUGCCCAUCGAGUACGAGAUCGACAAGCUGAACAACAUCAAACACCUGAGCGACGUGCAGAAAAUGGGCAUUGGCGUCUACAACGAGAAGUGCAGGGAGAUUGUGAUGCGUUAUUCGGGUGAAUGGAGGGAGAUCAUCGCCCGCACCGGUCGGUGGAUCGACUUCGACAACGACUACAAGACCCUCAACACCAGCUACAUGGAGACCCUGUGGUGGAUUUUCAAGCAGCUGUACGAGAAAGGCGUGGUUUACCGUGGAUUCCAGGUGAUGCCGUACUCGCUGGCGUGCACCACUCCGGUGUCGAACUUCGAGGCCAACCUGAAUUACAAGGACGUGACCGACCCUGCGGUCUACGUGGCCUUCCGCUGCGUCGACGAGCCCAUAGAACUGGUGGCGUGGACCACUACUCCAUGGACUCUGCCUUCGAACCUUGCGUUGAUUGUUAACGCCGAGUUCGUGUACGUCGUGCUCCACCACGAGCAGCGUGGCGUCGACUACGUGGUGGCGGAGUGCCGAAUGGAAAGCUUUUGCAACGACACCCGCAUGGUCUUGGAUAAGGACGUCCGCAUAGUGCGCAAGAUGCAGGGUUCAGAGCUUGUUGGUAAGCGCUACGAGCCUCUAUUCGACUUCUACGCCGCCGAGCCCGGCUUCGGCGAGGAGCAGCUGUCGCGCUCCUACGUGAUCGUGGGCGACAAGAUGGUCACUGCUGACGCCGGUAGUGGUAUCGUGCACGCCGCACCAUACUUCGGUGAGGAGGAUAUGAGAGUUUGCAAGCGCAACGGCAUUAUCCGUGGAGCGCUGCCUGAGCUGAUCGACGAGAGUGGCAACUUCAAGUCCCACCUUAAGCGCGUGGGCGGCAUGUACAUUAAGGACGCGGAUUCCGAAAUCAAGCGCAUGUUGAAGGAGCUUAGUAGGCUCGUACAUGCAGGGACUCUGGUGCACUCGUAUCCGUUCUGCUGGCGUAGUGACACGCCUCUGGUUUAUCGCGCUGUCAGCUGCUGGUUCAUCAAGGUGGAGGACUACCGCGAGGACAUUCUGCGCUGCGUCGAACAGACUGAGUGGGUGCCACGAUUCGUUAAGGAGAAGCGUUUCCGCAACUGGAUUGCAGACGCACGUGACUGGUGCGUGAGCCGCAACCGUUUCUGGGGCACACCAAUCCCGCUGUGGGUCAGUGAGGACUACACCCAGGUUGUUUGUAUCGGCAGCAUCGAGGAGCUUGAGCGGCUUUCUGGCCGGAAAGUCACCGACCUGCAUCGCCACUUCGUUGACGACAUAGAGAUCCCCGACCCACGUGGACCGGAGUUCAAGCCUUUACGCCGUAUCCCUGAGAUCUUUGACUGCUGGUAUGAGAGCGGUUCAAUGCCCUACGCCAAAGUGCACUACCCCUUCGAGAACAAGGAAAGCUUCCCGCAGUGCUUCCCGGCUGACUUCAUUGCGGAGGGCCUGGACCAGACCCGUGGAUGGUUCUACACCUUGAUGGUUAUCUCAACGCACCUGUUCGGCGCACCAGCAUUCCGCAACAUCAUUGUUAACGGCCUCGUUCUGGCCAGUGACGGCAAGAAGAUGUCCAAGAGGCUAAAGAAUUUUGCCGACCCUGUGGAGAUCAUCAACCAAUACGGUGCGGACAGCGUGCGUCUGUACCUCAUCUCCUCCCCUGCAGUGCGAGCGGAACCGCUUAGGUUCAUGACAGAAGGCGUGCGCGGCAUCUUGAAAGACGUUAUAUUGCCAUGGUUCCACGCAUACCGGUUCCUCGUCCAGGAGGUGUCGCGAUACGAGGUUGUGACAGGCAGGCGCUUUGUCCCCAGCGCCGAUGCUGCGGUGAACUCCUCGUGCGUGAUGGACAUCUGGGUGCAUUCGAUCACGCAGCAGCUCAUUGAAGGGGUGCACCGUGAGAUGGGUGCAUACCGCCUGUAUAACGUGCUUCCCCAGCUGCUCGCCUUCCUGGAGCAGCUCACCAACUGGUACAUCCGCAUCAACCGUGAUCGCAUGCGUGGCGCGUUCGGAGAGGACGAAUCUUACGUGGCUUUGGCGUCGCUGUACUCGUCCCUAGACGCAUUCACGUGCUUGAUGAGCAUGUUCGCGCCCUUCACUUCCGAGAUGAUCUACGCCAACCUCAAGCGCGCCGCUACCAACAGGAUGGACAGCAUCCACUUCGAGAUGUUGCCCCGCGUAAGCGGCGUUGUCGACGAAGAGAUCACCUUCAAGGUGCGCGUGAUGCAGCAGGUUAUCCUGCUAGGACGUACAGUGCGUGAACGCCGCCGCGUUUCGCUGAAGACGCCCAUUGCGGGCCUGAAGGUGGUGCACGAGGACGAACGCGUUCUGGCUGCCGUGCGCGAGUUGGAGGCGCUCGUGAAGGACGAGCUUAACGUGAUGAACGUUGAGCUGUCUAAGGACGUAUCGUGCAUCAGCUGCCAGAUCACCCCCAACUUCAAGGCACUGGGCGCCAGGCUGGGCCAGGCCAUGAAGCAGGUGGCGGCCGCCAUCAAGGGCAUGAGCCAGGCCGAUAUCGCUAAGCUGGAAACUGAGGGCAGCGCCGACGUUCUGGGCCACAACAUCACCCUGGACGACGUGGUCAUCACCCGCCGCAUCGACGUCGGCGCCCUUGCGCACCCCGACAUCGACGGAGACUCGAACCGCGAGGUGGCGGUGUUGCUAGACUUCACGAGCGACGAAGAGCUGCGGUGGAAGGCAUGCGCCCGUGAGGUUGCUAACCGCGUGCAGAAGCUGCGCAAACAGCUGCGUCUGUCAGUGAACGACUCAAUCACCAUCUUCGUGCAGCCAUCCGGGGACACGGCAUUUGAGAAGCUGUCGCUGCAGACGGAAUACCUCGAGAAGACGCUGCGCCGCAGCGUCGUGGUCACGCGCGAAGUGCCCACUGCCGGAAAAGUACACACAGACACUUUCGAGCUCGGCGACCAGAGCUUCACCGUCGCCGUCGAGGUGCACGAUCAAUAG